AUGGUCGAUAAAAUUCGUCGCCCUUACAGCAGAUGGAAUAACUUCUCCCUUUCUCCUGCUGCUAAGGUGACUCUGAUCAACUCUUCUUUGGUUUCCAUUCCUACUUACAACCUUUUAGUAUAUCCUAUCCCAGAUUCAGUUUUAUCUGAGAUUACCAAAGUUUUGAGAAGGUUCUUUUGGAGUCACGAUUACAAUGGAAAGGGCAUCCAUAAAGUGGUUCGGAGUUCAAUCAUUGAAGUUAAUCAUGAAUCUUUGGAAAUCCUCAAGCAUCCUGAUUCUCCCACCACCUGUCUGUUUGACAUGCACUGCAAACCAUCUGUCCAUACAAGUCCUAGUUCAUGGAAGACUCCUGUCUUCAACAUUGCAUCCCUGGGAAUCAACUACCAGUUCGUUAAUCAUUUUAUUUGUGGGCGUGAUUUACCAUACUGA